CUUCACCAUCAUGGAUAUCUUUUACACUAGUGGUGUCCAGUUUGCUGAAAUGCUUCAAGGUGCUUUGCCUGGAUUGGAAGGUUUUUGGCUUUGGGUAACCUUUUUCGGCGAUCCCAAAUGUGUCUUCAUUAUUUAUUUCCCUCUUGCCUACUUCCUGCUGGAUAAGAAGGUUGGAUUGACAGUGCUGUGGUUGGGCUUAAUCUCAGAAUGGCUGAACUUGAUCUCUAAAUGGUUCUUAUUUGGGGAACGGCCCUUCUGGUGGAUAUUUGAAUCUGGAUUUUCCAAGAAGAAGGAAAUUUUUCUCCGUCAGUUCCCAUCCAGUUGUGAAACAGGACCAGGCAGUCCCUCUGGCCACUGUAUGAUCACUGGCGCAGCCCUGUGGCCAGUUGUAAGUAUUCUGACCAAAUGGAUAGCCCAGAACUCCGAAAGCUGGAUCGUGAAGGCAAUGCCCUUUAAGGUUUAUUUCCUCCUCUUGCUGGCUGUUGGACUAUCACGCAUCUUCAUACUUGCUCAUUUCCCCCAUCAAGUCAUUGGUGGCAUAUUGGCAGGGAUCAGUCUAGGAUGGCUGCUUCAAUCCUGGGUCCCACUGGAAAGAGGACUCCGCUUCUACCUGUGGGCUUCAUUCUCCCUUUUUCUAAGUGCCACAGUGAUUUAUUGGACAUUUAUUACUCUCAGCGUAGAUCUCAACUGGUCAAUGAAGCUUGCUAUGAAGUGGUGUGAAAAUCCCAAGUGGAUUCGCAUGGACACACACCCAUUUGCCUCCCUGUGUCGUGAUGCAGCCACAUUACUGGGACUGGGACUGGCCUUCCACUCUUCCUCCUAUACCCAACUCAAACGUGAGAGGCUUGGCUGGCUUCAGAGGGGAUGCUGUGCCAUCCUGGCCCUUGUCAUCCUGUACCUCCUAAGUGGCAUUGCCCAGCCACAAGGUGUGGCUCUGUGGUAUGGGCUGAAUUUUGUAAAAUAUGCCAGUUUCCCAUGGAUAGUAAUUACAUUGCUUCCCAGAGCAGUUCAAAUACUGACCUCUUCAGGAACGCCAUCUCACACAGAGUAGCUAGUUUUACCAUGAAAUAUUUGUUCUUUCCUCUUAGAUUUUUCCAUUGAAGGAGAUGCUGUGUUUUCCUCAUGAUGUAGAGCUUGUUCAUCCCCAGGCAAAUAUGAUUUCCCUUUUGGCUUAAGCCACUGUAAUGUAUCUCCUUAAUUGUGAAUGCUUUUUUGUUCCUAUUCGUGUAACCAUGUGCUUCUCAUGUACACAUGGGGCUUUUAUUCAUGUUCAAGUCUCAAAACUGUUUCCCCCAAAAGAGACUUUUGCAACUGAGAAGGAAGAAAGAGGGUUGUACAGUGAUAUCAUGGAAUUGUCCUCAUGGGAGGAAAUGACAAGGGAGAUAACUGUAUCAUUAGAUUAUGUCAGGGGCAUCUCUUCUUCACUUAACCUAGAAAAAUCCUAUCAUGGAAAAAAAAUACACAAGAGGUUGUAGCUCAGUCUGUAGAGCACAUUCAGAAGAUCUCAGAUUCAGUCUCCAGCAUCUCCAUGGAGGGCUAGAGAAAGUUCUCCAGUAAAAUCCAUGGAAAACUGAAUUAGAUAGAUCAGUAAUCUGUUUUUGUAUAGGGCAAUUUCCUGUACUUCUAAGUGCCUUGUCUUGCCUUAGUUUGACCAACAGCCUGAGGUCAAAGUCCUAUCGCUGACAAGCAUAAAAUAGCUAUUUCACUGAAAUGAGGUAGAAACUGUUGUUUCUUGUGUGUUGAAGUUCAGCAUUGUUUGAUGCAAUUGGAAACGUCCAUGUUGAAGGCACGUAUCUUUGUUCAGUUCUAUAUCCAAAAGAAAUCAAGAGAAGACAUGCUGCAUUACUUUUCUCCCUGAUCCAUAAAUUCUUCCUGGAGCACACAUGGCUACUCUGACAAGCUUUCAGUUUUUCUAAAGAUGACUGGUUCAUUAUGAGUUAGCACCAGGGAGCUUCUAGGAAGGGCUGAGCAUCCUCUUCCCAAAUAUUCUCCUGCUUCCUGGAAUUGAGUUGGAAUGUUUUCCUGAUUUUUGUGGGCAUGGAUCCUCACAAUGGCUGCUGUAUGAAUAAUGAGAUCCCAUGUUCAUAGAGCAGCAUACAAUCGUUCAGGAGGAAACUCAUCCUUUUAAAUCCAUGAAGUAUUGGAAGGGCUACAUAUAGGAAUCCAGAAUUACAGCAGUCCCCAAAUAUGCUUCUCCAACAUCUUCUGGCACACUACCCAUCCCCUUCAAAAUCAUUUGGUUCUAUUGUCAAACCGCUUUAACCAUCCACAUUUCUCCUAAUAGUUAACUGAUCUUUUCUCUCCUGCAAUUUAAAUUAAGUUGAUUUAGCAUCUAGUUCUGCCUUCUAGAGCUGCAAAAGACUAAUAGAGAGACCUCUUCUUUUAGAACAGGCAUCGUAGAAUCUUUCCCUCCCUCUUAACGUACUCUCUCUUCUUCCGAUGUAGUGUUUUGCACUACAACGAAGCAGGUGACACUGAAAAUGAUAAUUGCAUUGGCAUCCUUGAUUCAGGGCAGGCCAGCCUACCAAACAGUGGAGAAAUAUAGUCUCCGAGUAUCCCAUCGCUGAUUUGCCAUUUUAAAAAAGAUGUUGCAGUAAAUCAUGAUGUUCAAGUUGGUAUUUGCAACUGGUUGUAUAAUGUGUAUGUUUAUUAAUUCCUUGCAGAGUAGUUGGAGUGUACUUACUUUAUACUUUAGUAUGAUAUUUAAUAAACUUAUAUUAGGUGGAUAUUUCCACAAAUGAAGCUGCAUUUUACCUACCAUCUCUCUGGCAUUCAGCGAAAACAGCUGGAAACACACACACCAGCUCACAAAAGGUUUUUGAUGAUCGAAGAGGCAAGUGACAACACCUUUUAUUUGCACUACUUUGUGAGCAGUUUUUAAAUAUUUUAAUUUUUAGAAGCAAUUCUCAUAAGCAGGAUCAUUCCUGUAGCUGUUUACCAGUCUGAUACCUUGCUCUUAGCAUGACUCUGUCCAUGUACGAGAAGACAGUAUCUUCAGGCCUAAAAGUCCCUAAGGU